AUGGAAAUUGACAAUCAUCAUUCUUUUCUAAGUGAACCAGAAAGUUUGUUUUCUAGUUAUAGUUAUAAGAAUUCUAGCUAUCUGAAUAAUAUCUCUAAGAAUGAUGAUGAUCAUUACAUGUAUGGGACUCAAUCUAGUUGGAAUAAUAACAUUAAUAGUUGCAUUGAUAGUUAUCUUCGUUCUCAAAUCUUUAUUGAUAGUCACAUUUUAGAUGAUAGUGUCAAAUAUAAUGACAGUUACUUUUUUAGUAACAUUUGUGGUAAGGGCAAAAAUGGUAGUGAAAGCGAGAGUUCUAGUAUAAAAAAUCGCACAAACGACACAAAUGAUAGUGAUUUCACUAGAAGAGAAAGUUCUAAUGAUCUCGAUGAAAAUCAAAAGUACAAGCAUUUGUGGAUAGAAUGUGAAAAUUGUUAUGGAUUAAAUUAUAAGAAAUUGUUUCAAUCCAAAAUGAAUAUUUGUGAGCACUGUGGAUAUCAUUUGCAAAUGAACAGUUUAGAUAGAAUUGAACUUUCGAUUGAUCAGGGUACUUGGAAUCCUAUGUAUGAAGACAUGGUCUCUCUGGAUCCCAUUGACACGCCGGGAGGAAGUAGGUUGCAGUUUCAAGUUGGAAAUUGA